CAGCGCAUCAUCUGGCAGCUUCCUCCUCGUACACCCUUUGCUGGCCGGUGCAGACAGCGGCUCCUCCUCCACCUCCAGGUCUCCUCACCAUCCUCCGGAGACGUGUCUUGUCAGUUCCCCUCACAUCCUCCUUUCCCCUCCUCCGUAGCUUUCGCUUUGUGUGUGACUUCCCCGGCCGCCCGGCUAAUCGGCGCUAAGCAUCCCCCGGCCUCGCAGCUCCCUCCUCCCCUCCUUGUGGACAUCUCCGGCUCGGAUUAGAACCCCCCCCCACCCCGCCGCCCGCCUUGUCGGGAGGAACAGGAAAGGGGGGACAGAUAUCGUCUCCCUCCAUCAGAGCACAGCUCCAUCCGCCGGGAACUUCUGGCCUCUUGGAUUGCUUGUAUUCUCCGUCACUCCACCAUCAUUGUUAUCCAUUGAUCGGCAUGAGGCUGGUGAGGAACAAGGGAGCCGGUCGGGAGAAGGAGCUGGCCAGGCCGGUCAGGAACCCCUUUGUGCAUGACCUGCGCUUCACCCCGCUACAGAAAGCCAAAAUUGCCUUCAUGUCGGUGACUCUCUUUCCCAUCCGUCUGUUCUUUGCUGCUUUUAUGAUGCUCCUUGCCUGGCCGGUUGCUUUUGCUGCUGCUAUGGGUCGUACAGGGAAAGAACUUGAGUCGCCCAUGUCCUGGUGGAGAAGGAUAUUGGACUUUCUUCUAAAAGCAAUCAUGCGUACAAUGUGGUUUGCUGGUGGCUUCCACUGGGUGACCGUAAAGGGAAGACAAGCACUGCCCGCUGAGGCUCCUAUCCUGACCUUGGCUCCACAUUCCUCGUAUUUUGAUGCCAUUCCAGUAACAAUGACAAUGGCCUCUAUUGUGAUGAAAGCAGAAAGCAAAGACAUUCCUCUUUGGGGAACAUUAAUCAACUAUAUUAGGCCAGUGUUUGUUUCUCGCUCGGAUCAGGACUCACGGAAGAAGACUGUAGAGGAAAUUCGAAGACGGGCCCAAUCUAACGGUAUAUGGCCACAGGUAAUGAUCUUCCCAGAAGGAACCUGUACCAAUAGAUCUUGUCUCAUUACCUUCAAACCUGGUGCAUUUAUUCCUGCUGUGCCAGUCCAGCCAGUGGUUUUAAGGUACCCAAAUAAAAUGGACACCAUAACGUGGACAUGGCAAGGUCCUGGAGCAAUGAAAAUACUUUGGCUUUCUUUAUGUCAGUUUCACAACUAUAUAGAAAUUGAGUUUCUUCCAAUUUAUACUCCUUCUGAAGAAGAGAAGAAAAACCCUGCCCUGUAUGCUCACAAUGUAAGGCGUAUCAUGGCAAAAGCAUUGGAUGUGUCUGUCACAGACUACACAUUUGAAGACUGUCAGCUGGCAUUAGCAGAGGGCCAGCUUCGUCUCCCAUCAGAUACUUCUCUCUUGGAGUUUGCAAGACUUGUAAGAAGUCUGGGGUUAAAGCCAGAAAAGCUUGAAAAAGAGCUGAAACAAUUCUCAGAAAGUGCCAAGAAAAGGAAAGGAGAGAAGAUAAACCUAAAGGAGUUUGCAGAGUACCUGUCUGUUCCAGUAACGGAGAAAUUAGAGGACCUAUUUGCCUUAUUUGAUGAAAAUGAAGAAGGUGCAAUUGACCUACGGGAGUAUGUUAUUGCAUUGUCUGUUGUGUGUAGACCUUCGAAGACCUUGGACACCAUUCAGUUGGCUUUUGAGAUGUACCAGUCAGAGAAUAAUAAAACCAUAGUAGAAGAUGACUUGACAGUGAUUCUGAAGACUGCACUGGGAGUGUCAGAGCUUAGUGUAACAGAUAUUUUUAGAGCAAUAGAUGAAGAAGAAAAGAAUAAAAUCACAUUUGAGGACUUUGACAGAUUUGCAGAACUGAACCCCAAUUUUGCUGAAGACUAUAUUUAUCCAAAUAUGGUGGACUUUGAAACUCUUAUAGACAGCCCUUCUCCCACUGCUCCAAAUGGCUUCUGUACUGAUUUUACACCUGACAACAUGGAGGAUACGCAGUACCACAAUGAUCAAAAGAAAACAAACUAAAGCGGGACCUACUUCUCCCUCUCCUGGUGAGGGGCUUAUGUGUAUUGUACCUCCUGAAUAUAUUUAGACUCAUCUAUACACGGUAGUCUUUUGUUUGUGACAAUUUCAUUUUUUGCCCAGCAUUCAUCUAUCUUAUCUUUAUUACAAUCAUGAGGUGUUUUAAAUUGCAGAAUUUGCGAGUGAUCUAUACUCACUGUGUACUGAAAAAUAAACAACUGUCAUCAAAAAAAUCUUACAAAAGUGCCUUUUUCUAUGAUGGAUUCACUGGCUGCUUUCUGACUGACUAACAUUCUAUGAUUAGGUAGUCCCUCCAUGCUUUAGACAGUGGAUUGUGAAAAACAAGGUCCACCUUGCUUUAAAGUCAUAGGGACAAGAGGUCUGUCAUUUUCUAGUUAUUACUUUGUAAGUUUUUUUGAUACAUGUUGUGUUGGGAUAUACAUUUCAUCUGCUUUGCAAAUAUAUAGUUGCACCAUUGUAUAGCACUCAAGAAAUUUGAUAAUUUCUGAAUUUUGGUGUGCAGAAUUAUAUUUUAUGGGCCAGUAAAUAUAAAAUAAGUUUGUUAUUCUUCAAAAAGACUUUGUAAUCAUGGACAAAAAAAGUAACUUUGGGAAGAAUUAAAACUAAAUUCCAAGCAAAAUGCACUUUUAAAAUACAUAUAUGGGAGCUGUAUUAACUGCCAAAGGACUUCUCUGUUUAAUCAGUCCUGCAAAUGGACUUGUAUUUCUGUCCAUCCAGCACAAGCAGCCUAGUUGCCUGACUUUUUCUCUGUUGCAGUUGGGCAACACAACUUGGCCACCUGCCUGCCCCUAGUCUGUGAUUGUAGAGUGAAUUGGCAAAAUGACACUCAAAAGGCCAUCCUUCUGUCAGUAUGUUCCUUAUGAACAUAUGUUAUUGUUGUGUAGUGCAGGCCCACCCCUCCAAGUCUGAUCACUGAUGUAGAGGGGAUUAGUGAAAUCAAUUCCUGGAGUCCAGCUUUAAGAUUUUCCUUCCCUUAGCUGACUUCCCGUCUAGUAACUACUGUUAACUGGAUGACAACAUGAAAUAAUAAGCCACAUAGUAAGUUACAGUAAAUACAAUAUCAGCAGUGCAGAUUUAUGUAGCUUUACACCUGCAAGUGAGAAUAUUUCACACUUUCAGAUGGGAAUAACUUGUUUUGAGUUUAUUGGCCCUUUAAAAAAAAAUCCUGUGCAAACAUCCAGCGCACACACAAACAUUUAGUGUGUUUUCAAUGAUUUGUACAAUGUGUGCAUGUAGAACAGAUUUUUAACUGGUGUGGAAUUUAUAGUGCACUUUGGUGAAUAGUCGUUUUAGGUCAAUGUAUUUUUGUGUUCACUUCAUUUGUUGCAAAAGCAAACUAUUUCAAGUGACUUUUUUGUUCACUUUUCCUACAAUUCAGAUAUAUGUAGUAUUAUGAACAAAGCAACUAUUUUAUAAAUGCAGAUUGAUUAUAUCGAUUGGAAGUCUUUCCUCUUGUAUACUGUUAUGUUUACAUUCAAAUAUCUGUGCUAAUUGUGCUCAGUAGGAUAAAAUGUUUGCAGGUUUUUCUCAUGUAUCAUACUUUCUCUGUUUUUUCAAGAAUUUCAAAAAUUGUGCAUCGAAAACCAGCUUCACCUUUCCAAUGAAUUUGGUGCUCUAAAUCAGGGAUCUCCAAACUACGGACCCCUGCUCUAAAUUAUGAAAGCUAAUUAUAAUUAUUGCAAACAAGAACAUAUUCCUUAUCUUGUGCAGUUGACAAUUGCAUGGCCUGUUGAAGCAUGUAGUGUGUCCAUUGGGAAGUCUUCAAAUUUAACUUUUGGCUAUGUGUGAAAUCAAAGUGAACAUGCGCCCAAACACAGUAUUUAGAAGCUGUAAAAGCACUUUGUUACAAGCCUUUAUUCAUCUCUUUACCUAUAAGCAUUGUAUAGAAAUUCACUUUUAAAUUAACAAGGCAAGCUCUGUGUUCUGAGAGCAGAUCUUAGCAGGCUGCCAGCCCUCUAAUAAAAUGGCCAACUGGUGUUUUGUGAGUUGUAAGGCCUGAAUUCCAACAUUUGGGGCAUACGUCCCAGAAUGUAUACAGACUUAAAUGCCAGGAUGCGCUUGUAGCCUUAGAAAGUGAAACCCCACUCUAGAGUCUUUGUAAUCUUUGGGGAUUUUUGAGGAGGAAUAACUCCAAAUUAAAAGCAGCAAGAGUGGUCAUUUAAGGCUCAUUGUAAUGGUUCCAUACUGUUAGAAAUGUGCAAAUUAAUGAUCAUAUAUGAGAAUAAGUGCACAUUACAGUAACCCUUGCAAUACAGGAUUAAAAUAGAAGACAUAUCUGGAAAAAGACUA